GUCAGGACCUGCGUGAGGGUAAACAGCCCGUCGUCGGUCCCGUCGAGGGCGGUGCACGCGCAAAUCCAACGGUAUCCUGCAGGCGCUGACAACGCCACACCGCUCCGGUGCGUGCAGAUCAGAUAGGCGUCAUCACACCAUACAGGAAGCAGGUGGAAAAGAUUCGAUUGCUCAUGAACAGCUUCAACCUUGAGGGUGUCAAGGUCGGCUCGGUCGAGGAGUUCCAAGGUCAAGAGCGACUGGUCGUCAUUCUAUCAACAGUGCGCUCCACGGAGAAUCACGUCAGCCAGGACCGCAAGCACAACAUCGGUUUCCUCGGCAACGCCAAGCGCUUCAACGUUGCCGUGACGCGCGCGCAGGCUCUUCUCAUCGUCGUCGGCAACCCGCACGUACUCGCGCAGGACAAGCACUGGCGACAGCUGCUGGUCUAUAGUGUAGAGAACAACGCUUACACGGGCUGUGACCUUCCCUACGAUCUACAACCACCUGUCCUCUCUGACGUAAACGACCAGGAGAAGGUAGAGGAGAGAAAUAAGGAUGUAGAGCAAGGUGAGGAGAAAGUAGAGGAAAGAAAUAAGGGGAAGAUAGAGAAGGGAUGUCAGAAGAAGGUAGAGGAGGGAUGUCAGAAGAAGGUAGAGGAGGGAAAUCAAAAGAAGGUAAAGAUGGGAAGUCAGAAGGUGGAGGAGGGAAAUAAGAAGAAGCUAGAGAUAAUAAACGAGGAGAACGUAGAAGGAAGAGAUAAGGAGAAGUUAGAGGAGAGAGGCCAGGGGAUGGUAGAGGAGAGAGGCCAGGAGAAGGUAGAAGAGAGAGGCCAGGAGAAGGUAGAGGAGGAACUAAAGGAAGACAUCGAGAGCAGACACGGGGAGAAACGGACCAACGAGAUAUGUCAGGAUCAUACCAAAGAAGGAGACGUUACAAACGAGAAGGAGCAUCUAGUGGGGGCGACAAACACGAGCGGGGAACAGACCGAUGUGGAGACCUCUUCUCGAAGGAGGGAGAAGCCUACCCUCGCACCUAGCACUGCAUGGAAGAAGCUAACCGCAGGAAGAACGCAGGAAUACGAGAGCAUUCCCGACGGUGGCGCCAUCACGGACGAGCAGGCAGAUGUCGUCGACGAAACCGGCGAGAUAUUCCACACGUUUUACUCGCAUCGCAAUCACGCAGCGCCACCUGGUGGCUUCGACAGCGACGACGACGAUGACGUCAUAGUGGAGAGCGAAGACGAGUGCUAGCAAGUCGACAGUGGUGCCACCUGUGUUUUGCUGCGAGUUCUGGUGCGCUGUGUACAUACCUUUGGCGGCCAAUCGGUGAUUGGACGAGUGUGCUGUGAUUGUGUAUACUAGUUAAUGAAAGCUCGUUAAUAAAUCUUAUUUUAUUAUAUUUCGUCGCAUUCAACAAUUUAUUUCAAUUUUAGUAAAUAAACAAACUUGUUUAU